AGAAUGAGGUGCUGAUGUCUUCUGAUGGAGACAGAUUCGAGUUUAAUUUUCCGGGGAAGCCAGGAGGGCUCCAAAGGCCAGGGCGUUGCCUUUGGGGCCCAGAAUACGGCCUACUGCCGUGCAACCGAUGUAUGCCACUAUCAACCCUAAUGAACCCAGACAAAACACAGAAAUACAGAACAUCAUAACUGGUAUAGUCAAGCUUCUGAACGGUAACGUCAACGUACAAGCUAAUACACAACUCCUUAGACCAGGCAGACCUAUGAACUCAAGGAUAAACAACAGAGGACCACCUCGCAUAUCUGAUGUUCCACCUAUACCUGACUUUGACAAGCCUCUAACUCCCCCAACUCACACCUUUCAUCCUACAAAGACCCCUCCCCCCUACCCCUUCGAUAGACCCCAUCAUGGUGUUAAUUUGCCUGAACAAAUUGUCCCACCACUGAACCCUCACAGACCAGGGUUCCACAGGCCCAACAUUCCCCCUUGGCAACGACCUAGACCUAGGCCUCCUAACAUGCCAGGCAGACGGCCCAACCCUGGUCUACCUAUAUACAAACCUCCUCCUAUGCCUGUUGAUAUACCCAACUUAGACGAAGAGGAAGAAGCUGAUAAUGAAACUAAUCAUGAUAACCACUUAGUCCAAGAUGAAAAAGAGACUGUAACUUUACUGAAUUUACUAGUCUCAAAUACCACAGAAGAGAUUGAGAAAGAAGAAAACAAACUAACCACAGCCCCUGAAACUACAAGUAGUACAACAACCACAACCACAGAAAAAACAACAACAUCCACAACGGAAAAAACAACAACAGAACCACCGAAAACAACAACCGAAAAAGCCAAAACCACAACAGAGAAACCAAAAACAACUACCGAACGUAAAACUACAACAGAAAAACCAAAAACUACAACGGAACGUAAACCUACCACAGAAAAAGCAAAAACUACAACAGAAGCUAAAACAACUACAGAGAAAUCUAAAGUUGAUAAGAAGCCAGAAAAGAAGAAAGAACCGUUUAACGCUGAUAAAAAAGAUAAAUACAAGAUAGAUGAAAAACCAGGGAAUAAGACAACGAUUGAGACUAUUAUAGACAUUAUUGAGUCGUCGAUAGAUGAGUAUAAGGCCUCAUCAGCAGCUGCCGCCACCCCGACUGAAGGUCUGAUAUCUCACGCGCCGACUGCUAGUGUUUCGGAAAGUCCGCAUAGCGUGGUGAAGACAUCUUCUAUCAAUGCUCAACCAUUGCCGUCCUCCCAAACGCCAUACCGUCCGUACCGCCGUCCGGGCAUCGUGCUCGACGAUCCGGACUUCAAGCCGGCCGGCAGCCGCCGUCCGGUGCCGGACGCGCCCGUCCUCACGGCGCCUUUACCGGGAUACGGAGAGAUCUUUGAUGUCACUGUGUCUGCUAUUCAGGGACCUGGGGAGAAAGGUGGUGCUUCUAUCCACAUUGAAAACGUGAACCCAAUGUCGGGGCAUGCGGAGGACGACAUAAUCGUCUCACCGUCAGGCGAGCAAGGCUUCGUGUCCAUCGACGGCAAACGGACUUAUCUCAACCUGUUCGACACAUCCAGUCACCAUGUGGAGCCGACGAGGGUGCAGAGCAUUCAGCAUUCUGCACCUCCGGCACCAGUGCCUCACCCGAGCCACCCCCUCCCCAGUCACCCACCAGCGCCAGGAGUGGGCACCGGCAUAGCGGUCCCAGCAGACCCUGAGCCAGUCCCACCGAGGAGACCACCUGCCUACCGUCCGAGACCACGACCUCAAGCUACCGUCAGGAUUGACACGUGUAUAGUUGGCGACGACUCGACGUGUGACCAGGCGCAGAACGAGAAAUGCAGGACUGAGGCUGGUAUAUCGAGCUGCCAGUGCCGGCCCGGCUACGCGCGGCGCACGCACCGCGACCCGUGCCGCCGCGUGGUGUCACUCGUGCUCAACUUGAGAGUAGACCGGCUGUAUGAUAAACCGAUGACAUGGGACAACAAGUUGACGGACAAGGAUUCCGAACUAUACCAACAACUGAGCUACGAGGCGCUUAGGGCUAUCGACUCCGCGUUCUCAAUGACGCCGUUCUCCGACGAGUUCGUGAGCGGCUCCAUCAACUCUGUGCACCGCGAACUUGGUUCUGGCGUCUAUGUCAACUACACCAUAUUGAUGUUGGAAUCCGGAGAGAUGCUGCGUCCAGCAGUGGGCGCCGAGAUCCACAAGCAGGUGCUCGGCGUGCUGCGCCGGCGCUCCAACAACGUCGGCGCCUCCGCGCUGUGGGUCGACCAUCUCGCUGGUGCGGUCGCUCCACUCAAAGAUCUGGAUGAAUGCGCGUCUCCUGAAUACAACGACUGUCAUCAGCUGGCGCACUGCAUCAACACCUGGGGAGGAUUCCGAUGUUCUUGCCCAGACACGACACUAGACGCGCAGGAAUCUGGGCCGUUGGCUGGAAGAGAUUGCCGCGCGUGUGCCAGUAGCCACUGCAAUGAGAGGGGGACUUGUCACUACAGCAACCGACGGCCUACUUGCAGCUGCACAUCAGGCUACUACGGUUCUACGUGCGAGGUGGACGGCGAGGUGGUGGGAGUGGCGGUGGGGGCGUCCCUCGCCGCCGCGCUCGUGAUCGCCGCGACGCUGGCCGCGCUGCUCAGUUGGAGUCGUAAAUGGUCCCGCGAGCAGAAAGCGGUGGGCAUGGGGUCCCCCGUGUUCAGCUACAUGCAGGGAGUCAACACUAUCAAGGCCCCGCCGGUGGGAGGCCCGCCUUACCAGGUGACAUUGGAGGAACGAAUGCGCUGGGCGCAAAUCGCAGAGGCAAUGGCGCAAUCCAACCAUUACGCGACGGAGAACCAGACGAUGGCGACGCGACCGUCGUCGGCCAUGUUCGGCGGCUACCCCACGCUACCACCCGUGCCCAUGCCCAGACUGGGACUUCACCACUCGGGUACGCUAAACACAGUGGCGUCACGCGUCAACACAGCCGGCUCACACCACAAUUUAUAUGGAUACACAAACCACAUGGCGACGGAAUCCUCGUCAUCUGAAGCGUCGUCGCACGCACAGGAGCGAGCUGACUUACUGCACGCGCCGAGGCCCAAGUCCAGAGCACGCAGCUUACACAACCAAACCGGCAUCUAUUAUGACGUGGAAUACGAGAACGCGGAACCCAUCUACGGCACGAAAGGCAUCCCUCUCUCAACAUACACGGUGAGCCGCGGCCCGCCCUUCUACCGCGCCUAGUACUUGUAGUGUCGCUGGCCUCUCACGACCACCCUUCCGCCGUCAAUGGAGUUUGCGAACGAUGUAAUCGAACGUUCAAUGAAAUAUCCAAAUUCUAAAUAAUUAAAGGUAAGGUCCAUACGGUUAAUUGUGUCCGGCCAUCUCAUUUGAC